AAUUGAUAGCAUUAUCUGAUAACUCCAGUUAAGAUGUCUGAUAUUUCUGGUGGGUUUUCGCCGGAAAUUCAAUAUCAAAUAGAAAAUGUAUAUACUACAGCUCCGGUGACACCGACAACUCUAGUUAAGAUGCCUGAUAUUUCUGGUGGGUUUUCACCGGAAAUUCAAUAUCAAAUAGAAAGUGCAUACACUACAGCUCCGGUGACACCAACAACAACUCCAGUCAAGAUGUCUGAAACUUCUACUGGGUUAUCACCGGAGAUUCAAUAUCAGAUAGAGAAUGUAAGAACUAUGACGUCCCCAGCAACUUCGACGACAACUCCAACCAAGAUGCCUGAAAUCUCAUGUGGGUUAUCACCGGAGAUUCAAUAUGAGAUAGAGAAUGCAAGCACUACGGCCCCGGUGGCACCGGCGACAACUCCAACUAACAUGUCUGAAACUUUUGAUGUGUUAUCACCGGAAAAUCAAUAUAAGAUAGAGAAUGUAUAUCCGGCGACGACUAGGCAUGCUGCACUAAGGAUCUACGAGAGCUUGAAAAGGCAUUGGCUCCGAGAUGAGGCUGGCAAGGCAUUUGGAAGAGAGGCUGCUGAGAUUGAAGAGGUAAAGGGAGAGGAAGUCGAUGGGGAUGGGAAGAAGAAUGAGGAGCUCUUGGGGAUGGAGUACAUUCUGAGGGAUGGUUUUGUUAGUUAUCUUCGUGACAUGGCAAGAAUCACACCCCCAGUUCCUCAGCAGGUAGUCAGGUUUUCAGGCAUAAAGUUCACAAGGAAGUUUGAGAUCUCCAACAAUGGAUAUGAAACAUUUGGAAAAAAACUAGUGGCCUGUUUUGUUGGGCCCCUGAAGACUCUUCUUCAAAGAAAGAAAUCAAAAUGGAUGCAGAUUCUGAGGGGAGUGGAUGGGUAUAUCAUGCCUGGAUCUAUGACCCUCCUACUAGGGCCUCCAGGCAGCGGUAAAAGCACUCUUCUAGAAAUUCUGGCAGGGAGAGCCAACAGAAAUAAAAACUCAACCCUGGAGGGUGUUGUCAUGUACAACGACAAAUAUGCCUCCCAUAUUUGUCUUAGUAGACUCAUUGCAUAUAUUAGCAACCAGCUUAAUAGACACCUUCCAUUUUUAACAGUUCGAGAGACACUUGAGUUUGCUAGAGACUGCACUCAACGGCUUCGGCCAGAGAACUUCACUCCAGAGAUGAGAAAAUUCUUUGCACAUGCUCUUGUGGAGGGACAGGAUCCAUUUCUAGAAUAUGUGUUAGAAAUCUUAAACUUGAAGCAGAUAGAAAACAAGCUCGUUGGAGAGGCAAUAUCUGACAUUGAUCGCCAGAAGCUCACAACAGCUGAGUUAGCGCUUGGAACAUUCUCUGUCAUGAUUUAUGACCAACCAUUUUCCGGGUCUGAUCUAGCAGCUACAUAUGACCUUGUGGACACCAUAAGAACCAUUUGCAGGAUUCAGCAAUCUUCUGCAAUCAUGUCACUGACCCGACUCUCUCAGGAAGUGUUUGAUCUUUUCGAUAGAAUUAUAUUACUCAGUGAUGGGCAUGUUCUUUUCCAAGGCCCUCGCCAAGAUGCCAUUCCUUACUUUGCGAAACUCGGGUACAUUAAGCCAUCGCAUGUGGAGUCCAAUGAAUUUCUUGAAGACAUUGUAGCGGGAGAUAGUUUGCGGUAUAUUGCUCCAGGAGCAACUCUCUUGACACUAGAAGAGCUACUAGAGUGCUAUAGGGCUUCAGACCACUACAAAGAUGUAAUGAGAGUUGUUAAUGGAGACUACGCAAAGCACACCUACUGGGUGGAAAGCGAGCCUGGGAUCGGGUUGUCGCUUAAAACGCCAUCCAAAGACCAUUGCACGGUCGAUGCACAGCAGAGAAGAGAGACUGCAUUGAUGGUGUCCAAGCUCUCUACAAAAGUAGGGAAACCAGGGGGGAUUGAGAGCACGGGAAGAGUUCAGAUUGGGGACAUGAUCACAGCAAUUUCUGUGAGCAAUGAAGAAAUGCUAUACCUAUCAAUUGGACCCCAAAAGAUUCAGCACAAACGUGCCUCACAUGCAUACUCUGUGUUGAAGCAGGCACGAGCUCAUGUUCAUCUCCAAGUUGAGCGCAACAGAGAGAAGGAUGAAGAGUACCAAGCUCAGUGGAAGCAGUUCCAAAGGCCCUUUGUACAGACAUGGUGGCAUUCAACCAAGACUCUGACCUACAGGCAAAUCAAGAUCACCAAAAGGCUUCAAGCUAUAAUCAAAUUAAGGCUAUUGCAGGCAAUUGUUCUGGGAAUAUUUGCGGGAACACUGUUCUACAAACUUGGUGGUCAGUAUGACCAACAGCAAAUGAAUUCAGUAAGGUCCCUUGGGUUUGUAUCCACCAUGAGCAUUCUGCUCUUGAAUCAAGUACAGCUUCCCCUCUGCAUGCUACAAAGGCCAAUUUUUUACAAGCACAGGUCCCAGAGAUUCUUCAGACCUUCUUCAUACAUUGUCGCUCAUUCCAUAGUCAAUCUCCCACAGACCCUUCUAGAAGCUCUGGCAUAUACUCUCUGUGUUUACUUUCUAGCUGGGCUAUCAACAGCAGGAAACAGGGGACCAUUCUUUGAGUAUCUAUUUCUCUUAUUCUUAGUUGCAUAUUUCGGUUCCUCAGUCUUCUUCUUGAUCAGUGCUGUCGCUUCUUUUCCAGAAAUUGGGAGUGCUUUAGCAGGUCUACUUAUCUCAGUCUUCCUACUCUUCAGUGGCUUUGCAAUCUAUCCAUCCAACAUCCCAACCUACUGGAAGUGGCUCACCUACGUGAACCCUCUUCAUUGGGCUAAUGUCUCAUUUUGCAGGAUCCAAUUUCAUGAGGGUUACAGAGACCUAUGUUCCAACUACGUUGGCCAACUUUCUUUUUGUGACAAAUUCCCAUCAAUGACAGUUGGAAAAGCCUACCUGGUCUUCUACGAGCUCUCUCAAGAUGUUAAGAUGCCAUGGCUACCUUAUGCCAUUCUAAUGGGGUGGACAGCAAUUACCUUAAUAUUAACAUUACUGGGACUUAAGAAAAUAGAAUUCAUGGGGAUGAGCCAAUCACUGCCCCAACUCAAAAAGACCGCUAUAAUUAGUAAUUAUAAGGAAGACAGCAAAUGUGAAUUUCAUUCAUUCAACAGCAACAAUAAACAUUCUUAUAAUUCUGGGGAUUUUAGUUAUUCUAGGACACAACAUUUAAGUUCACCCUGUAACAUAACAAAAGAAAAUGGCAGCAUCAAGAAAUGGACUGAGGAGUUCCCAAUUGACCUGGAGAGGGCUGGGUUAGACAUUCCAUCAAAGGAUGUGACUCUACUAUUCGAGGAUUUGUCACUCACAAGGUAUGAUGAGGGCAGGAAAGAAAGGACAACAGUCUUCAACAACAUCACAGGCUAUGCAAGACCCAAGACCAUGCUAGCCUUAUUAGGUGGUAAUAAAACAAGUAUGGGCGCACUCCUAAAAUGCCUGGCAGGGAGGGUACCUGUAAGCGGUAACCUCCAGGCAAAUGGUUUGCGUAUAGGUGCUGCCUUCUCCAGAGUAAUAGGCUAUGUUGAGGAGCUGGAUGUCCACCAACCUUACCUCUCUGUCCGGGAAUCCCUUCAAUUCAGUGCUGCACUACGUCUUAGCCAAGAGAUUAGCCCCACAAGCCGCCGCAUUCAUGUUGAGUUGGUCCUCAACCAACUUGGUCUACUACCCUACUCCAAUGAACUCGUAGGUUCUCUUCGUGAUGCCACUGGAAAAACAUUUGAACUAGCCAAAAAGUUAACCAUUGCAGUUGAGCUGGCUGCUAACCCAAGUAUUCUCCUCCUUGAAGAACCAAUUUCUGGCCUUGAUACUACAGGAAUGUUGACCAUACUCCAUAUUCUCUCUCAAGUGUCAAAUUCAGGUCGCAUCAUUAUUGCCACUCUAACACACCCUAGUGCACGCACACUAUCAUUCUUUGACCUGGCUCUUAUUCUAACAGGGGAAGGGCAUCAAGUGUAUUUCGGUCCGGUGGGAUCUAACUGCAAAUCCUUACUAGAUUAUUUCCAAUCAAUCCCAAAGGCCCCUCAUUAUUCAGGAAAAGAGACUACAGCUAGAUUUAUCAUGGAUGCUCUUGGCCUAGGAAUAAAAAAGAGGGGCACUCAUGAAAAAUUUUCAGAAAUCUACCAGGCCAGCUCUUUGCAAGAAAUUAAUAAUGAAGUGAUUUGCAGCAUAAAGAAGACAAUUGAGGAUAGAGGACGAGAUUAUCUAUCUUCUACUUAUCCAGCUCCAUAUUCACGGCAAGCCAUUUUGGUACUGCUAAGAACACAACGAUUCUUUUGGAGGAAUGUUCGAUAUACGUACGGUAGGCUUACAGGGUGCGUGAUGCUUGGUCUCCUGAUGGGCUCCCUCUAUUUUCAGAUUGAAUACAAGGACAUAUAUGGUGCUACCUCACGUACACUAUACAUAUACAUGCAAGUUAUGCUCAUAGGAGUGAUCUCAGCAAACAAUGUCAUAACCCAGAUUGGCACAGAUAGGUUGGUCUACUUCCGAGAAAAACGGGCUGGGAUGUAUCUUCCAAUACUUUAUCCACUAUCAUGGGCUGUGGGUGAGAUUCCUUACUUUUUCAUAGCAAUACUUGCAGUUGUAGGAAUUGGGAAUGGCAUGGCAGGUAUUGGGACACAAUCCCCUUUAGAAUUCAUGACAUACUGGACGGUGCUUUUGCUGUUCACACUAUGCCUAACCUAUUUUGGAAUGAUGAUCACUUUCCUAGCACCAAUGCCAACAAUAGCUGCAUUUGCCGUGUCAAUUUUCUCGUCAAUGUGGAUUUCAGCUUCUGGUAUAGUGGUCGUGCUCUCUAACAUAGAGUUCUACAAAUGGAUGUAUUGGAGCAACCCAUUCCAGUAUGCAAUGCAUGCAAUGACCUCAAUCAGUUUCUACUGUGAUACAAAGGGGUGUGGAGCAGAGUGUAGGUGCCCACGAUUCCCAGAUGGUUCUUAUGUGUGGGAUAGGUUGGCUACUUUGAGAAGCUUGAGCCAUGAGAGGAUAGAUACAGACAUACUAAUUUUGUCUGCAAUGUGCAUGAUGUUUGCCAGCCUUGCCUGUGUCUUCUUUGUGGUGAUGAAGCACAACUCUCCCCCUCACGUAUAGAGUGAUAACAUACAUUACAUGGACCUCUUAGAAGCAAAAUUGGGAAGUGUUUAAGGAGCAAGACAAAGCAAGGAAACAGAGCAAAGAAGCAUCCAUAGGGUAAAAGUCAACAAGAGUUAACCAAAAGGAAGCCUUCAAUCGAAAUUAUGCAGAAUACGACCAUGUAUAACUAUAAUUUCUGCAGCCUGAAUUAUCACGUUCAUAGCACACUAAUUUAUUCAUAUACAAAUGUACCUUUUUUUCCUUCUCCAAAUUACCAUAUCUAAUUGCCUGGCA